AUGGACACUCUACAGCAAAGUAAUGCAGUUUCCCCUGCGACUCCAUCAGUGAAAGACUUGGUGAGGGUUUUGUAUGGAGGUAAAAGAUUUGGAAAUCAUGUGGAUGAAGUUUGGCCUAACCUAUUCAUUGGUGACAUGUCAGUGGCCAAUGAUCGCUACAGUCUGUGGAAGCUGGGAGUCACUCAUGUACUGAAUGCAGCUCAUGGGAGGAUGCACUGUCAGGGGAGUCAUGACUUCUAUGGCUUUACUGUGGAUUAUCAUGGCGUGCCUGCAGAUGACUCACCGUCCUUUGACCUCUCUCGCUAUUUCUUUCCCUCUGCUGAGUAUAUUCAGAGUGCACUUGAAACGGCUGGUGCUCGUGUGUUUGUCCACUGUGCAGUCGGAGUAAGCAGAUCUGCCACCCUCGUCCUGGCCUACCUAAUGAUCCACCACCAUUACACCCUGCUAGAGGCCAUCAAUAAGGUCAAAGAGCGCAGAUGGAUUUUCCCAAACAGAGGAUUCCUCAAACAGCUUUGUGCUUUGGAUAUAAAACUACGCAAGACACAAGACGGGGCAUUUGGACCUAAAAUGGCAGACUCUAAAGGCAAGAGAAAGGAAUAUCUAAGUGUGAAGGAUCUGCAGAAGGUUUUGGACUCGUGCAAACUACAUCUCAGACAAGUCGAUGAGGUCUGGCCAAACAUAUACAUUGGGAAUGUGGCAGUAGCCCAAAACAAGACUACCUUGCUGAAAUUAGGUAUAACUCAUGUAUUAAACGCUGCUCACUCCAAACGGGGCAGCAUAGGGAACCAAAGCUUUUAUGGCAACGGCUUUGUGUAUUGUGGCAUUCCAGCAGAUGACUCAACAUACUUUGAUCUGGAUGUUUACUUCCAGACUGCAGCUGAUUUCAUUCACAGAGCUCUGAAGUCACCUGAUGGGAAAGUUCUGGUGCACUGCAUCAUGGGAAUGAGCCGGUCAUCGACCUUGGUGUUAGCGUACCUCAUGAUCCACCGUCAACUCCCGCUCAAACAGGCUUUGCAGAAAUUGAUCCAGAAGAGAGCCAUCUACCCCAACAGGAAUUUCCUGGCUUUGUUGUUGGAUCUGGAUCUGCAGCUGACAAGAAAGAAGAAAACAUGUCAGAUCCUGUAAUCAAGAGAAGUUUAGACUUUUCAGCCACAAAGCAGUGCGAUGUCUAGAGAUGGUGAUGCCAGUCAGUCUGAACAUCUUUUCAACUUCUGGCUGAAUUUCCGUGAGACCCAGCUUUACUUUGAGAGUAACAGCUAAGAUAUCAUGUUAGCAAAAAAAAAAACAAGAAGAAUGGGAAAAAUGCAUACUUUUAAGCAUUUCA